AUGGCUGCCAACAACGACAACACUUCCACCCUCAAGUCGUACGUCGACUCUGCCACUGGCGCUGCCCAGAAUCUCCUCGGCUCUCUCACCGGCAGCACUGCCGAUCAGAACAAGGGAGAGGCCAAGCAGGACAAGGCACAGCUCGAACACGAUGCUUCCCACGCUACUGCUAAGAUUCCCGGCUUCACUGCCACCGCUGGUGGUGUGACCAAGGACGACCCCGAUCGUGCUGGCGGCUCCUGGAACCAGACCGUCGGCUCUGCUAAGGAGACUGUUGGUGGUCUUGUCGGCUCCGAGAACUUGAAGCAGCAAGGUCGUGAGCAGAACCUCGAGGGCCAGGAGCAGGAGGCCAAGGGCCAGCUCAACGAUUACACCUCUGGCAUUGGCAACCGUGUCCAGGGCACCAUUGGUGGUGCUGUCGCUGGCCUUACCGGCGACAAGGCUGGCCAGGCACACUACGAGGGUCUCCACGACACAGGCAAGACUCAGCAGCGUGGUGCCGAGCAUGACAUACAGAAGCAGGCCGAGGCCAGACAGCACUAA